AUGCCAACAAUAUCAACAAUAUCGCCAGCGACGAACAAGGUGGUCCUUGAGACGCCGGAGACUACACCAGAAGAUGCUGCCGCUAUCGCAGUCAACUCAGCCCAAUCCGUCAUAACCAAGGCACUUACGCUUGUGCAAAAGCGGAAGGAAGAGCUUGGGCGUGAGUUGACGGCACAAAUGGGACGACCGAUCGCAUACUCGAAGAAGAAAAUCGAGACUAUGCAGAAGCGUGCUGACUAUCUCCUCCAAACGAUCGAUGCAGCUCUCGAGGCGGUUCCUGGAGUGAAAGAGGAUGGCUUCGAGCGAUGGGUGCAGAAGGAGCCGAUCGGACCAACUCUGUUGAUAUUUGCUUGGAAUUUUCCUUACCUGAUUCUCGUCAAUGCGCUUGUACCAGCAUUGCUCGCUGGCAACACCGUCAUCCUGAAACCAUCGCCACAGACACCACUGGUCGCAACUCGAUUCCAGGAAAUCUUUGAAGAAGUCGGGCUGCCAAAAGGUGUCAUACAGGUCCUCGUCACUUUCACUGGAUCGACGGCUGGUGGGCUUGCUCUCCGUGGUGCAACCGCAAAACGCUUUGUCCCGCUUAAUCUCGAGCUUGGAGGCAACGAUCCCGCAUACGUACGGCCUGACGCUGACUUGCCAUACGUGGCCGCACAACUAGUGAACGGCGCAGUCUUCAAUGCUGGACAGAGCUGCUGCGCAGUCGAGAGGGUCUAUGUCCAUGCCGUCGUUGAAUACGGCUUGACGGCAAGCGUGUGGACGAAAGAUCUCGAGGCUGGCAGGGGCCUCAUUCAGGGACUCGAGGCCGGGACUGUCUUUAUCAACCGUGCUGACUAUCCAUCGCCGGAUCUCGCUUGGACCGGAUGA